AUGUCACCAAAAGCUACCCAGGUAGCGUCCACGCUACUAUCCCAUAUUGAAAAGACAUCCUCACGACCACUACUUUGUGAACUUUCAAAGAAUGCCCCACUACGACCUUCCCACUUGACCAAAGAAAGCUCAAAUCCAGAAGUCCAAAACAGAAGAGAAAGAAUACGACAAUUGCAGAACGAAAAUGUCCAUACGCCAAAACCAAGCUCAUACACGUUCUUUCUAAAAUCCCUAUAUCCUACAAGACGACUGCUAGCACGGCUUGAGGCACCCAAAUCGAAGAAAGCCUUGGUGAACCAUUCAACGUUGCUAAAAAGGUAUAGCGAGCUUCCAAGCCCAGGUGUGGCAUGUAUGGAGCCUGAGGACUUCGAGAAGUUCAUGAAGGAGCUUUUAAGGAGACGUGAUUUCGUCAAACCGGGCCUUUUGGCUUCCCUGGUUGGAAACUACUAUCUGCCCUUGCUGAUGCUAAAAAGCUACAAACACCAAUUGGAGCAGCGAGAUGCACACGUGAAGAUGUGCUGGAAAGUAGUGGAGGACGUGAAGAAAGCAGGAAUUUCUAUCCUUGAGGAGGAGCAGAAUAGACUCAUCUACUUGGGGUUCUUUCGUGACAGAAAGGACAUCUUGGAAGAGAUCAAAAGUGCCCAUGCCUCUGCUUUAAAAAAGCUUGAACCCGAUGUGGCUAAAAAGUAUGCAAAGUUCAGAAUCAGCCCGCCGCCGCUAACGUGGGCUGUGUAUUGCAGACUCAAGGAAACCCUUCCUGCGAAGCUUCCUCUUAGUACUGUGAAUGUGCUUCUAUUUAGUGCAUUAAGAAGUGAGAGUUUUGAUGUUGUUGAGGACUUAAAGGCCAUGAUUAAUUUUUCUGGAGCAGAGCUGCAGAAACUUGAUCCCGACGGUGAGACCUUUCUGACGUUGAUAUACGGGUACACGGACUAUGGCAAAUACGAAACGGCAUUUGAGUACGCCUCCAUCAUGAUUGAACAGUGGCCACAGUUGGUCGAUAUAAAAGCUGUCAAUGCCAUAAUUAACGCCCUUAUCAAGACUGGCUCCGACAAAGAAGCCAAGAAAAUCUUACAAGCUGUGACGUCUCAGAUCACAAGACCCUUGGAAUCUCAGGAGUGCUAUCUCAAAAAGUUGACACCAAAAGAUGACGAGUUAUAUGCUGCUGCUUUAGCUGAAGGCACCAAAUACGGCACACACAGGGUCUUUCCCACGGAAAAUACCUUCCUUCCUGUGCUCGAUAGUUUGUGUUCUUCUGGAGCGUCAUUCGCUAAAAUCGAGCAGCUACUAGGAAUCAUGGAGCACACAUGCCAGCUUCCGUUGACCACCAGAGUCUUCAUCAAGAUAUUCGAAUCCUUCAAAAACAACAAGUUCUCACUUAUUGACGCCCAGGACCUUCUUGCCAAGGUGAUAGCUCUUCACGAUGCCUACCAUGACAUCAGCACCGAUUUACGAUUGAAGGACAAAAUCGGCAAGCUCCACAUGCAUCCAGAAGUCGAGUCUUGGCUAAACCAGGCUAUGGUUUCUGAAAAGGCCAAUCUUCCCGUUGAACAUGGCGCCUUUCUCAAGCUUCUGGACCGUCUUGUGCUGCUGAUAUACGAGGCUUUUGACGCUGUGGUGGAGAAUCGUGAUUUGGCUGGCCAGAUCGCCGAACACAAAAACGGGCUUUUUGAGCAGCUCAGGAGAAUCAGGGGAGAAGGUCGUCAGGGUGUUGACGGACCAUCGACUGCAGAGCUCUACCGUCGUGACGAGGUGAAUUAUAUCAAAAAGGGUCAUCUCAUUGAUCUUCUAGAUAUGGUGAGCUGA